AUGUCAAAAAGCAACAUUCUCAUCUACUUUAUCCGUAGAGACCUGCGAGUCUCGGAUAAUCCACUCCUGCAUUAUCUCUCUUCAACACCUGAUCAUGGCUUCACACAUUUAUUGCCGGUCUAUGUUUUUGCCUCACAUCAGAUUGAGGUAUCCGGCUUCAUCACAGACGGGUCCAAAUCCCCUUAUCCCGAGGCCAAAAGUGAUCUUGCACGGUUCUGGAGGUGCGGACCACAUCGCGCCAAGAUCACCACGUCGGCUGUUUGGGACAUGAAGAAUUCUCUUGAGGCAUUAGGUAGCGGACUUUUUAUUCGUGCUGGCCAGUUUGGCGACAUUCUUCGGGAACUGAAGAAAGGUUUGGAAGAAAAGAGUCACAAAGUUGGAGCUGUGUGGGUCACCUCGGAUGAAGGAGUUGAGGAGAAGCGGGAUGAGAAGACUCUGUCUUCAAUCUGUGCUGACAGCGGGAUUGACUUCAAGUUGUGGGCUGACGAGAAGUAUUUCAUUGACGAUCGGGAUGUGAAGCUGGAAAGUGCCCAGGACUUACCAGACGUCUUCACAACGUACCGCAAGAUGAUGGAGCCACUCAGGGAUAUACCAAGAUCAACGUUGCCAAAGCCAGCAAAGUCCAGUCUACCACAGCUGCUGCCUACUGAAGAUGUUCCUCCCCAAGCCGCCCCGUUUUCUAUUCCUUCAACCUACGAUGAACUGGAGAAACGCAUCCUCGAUCCGAUCAAAGAGAUAAUUCCAAAUGCUCCGCCAUUCCCCGAAGGUGCAAUUUCAGCACACCCUUUCCGAGGCGGCGAGACGAAAGCGCUAGCAAGACUCGAGGAUAUCAUCAAAAAUGGCACAGUCUACAACUAUAAAAGCUCACGGAACGGGCUUGUAGGUGCCGACUUCAGCACAAAACUUUCCGCAUACCUUGCUCUAGGAUGUCUCACGGCACGGCAGGUCCAUGCUGCGCUUGUGCGAUACGAGGAAGGCAAUGACGACACAUACGCCAGCGCUCAAGGCUACGGAGAAGGAGAGAAUGAUGGUUCCAAGAGUGUUCGUUUCGAGCUGCUGUGGCGUGACUACAUGCGUCUUUGCACACGGAAAUUCUCCUUUAGACUGUUCCGUCGCUCUGGCUUCCGCGAUGACCAAAAUCUGAAGUGGAAGUCGCCCAAGCCAGAGGAUGCCACAGAGGCCCAGCCAUCGUCCGACGAGGUUGCAACCAUGUUGAAGCGUCUCUGGGCCGGUACAACUGGCAUGGGCCUCAUCGAUGCUUCGCAGCGGGAGCUCAUCCACACUGGAUAUACCUCUAACCGUGCUCGUCAGAAUGUGGCCAGCUUCCUUUCAAAGCACCUGGGGAUCGACUGGCGAUAUGGGGCCGAGUGGUAUGAGAUGUUGUUGGUCGACUAUGAUGUGUCGUCCAACUGGUCCAACUGGCAAUACGUCUCUGGCGUCGGCAAUGACCCUCGAGGUGAAGCUCGAAUUUUCAACCCAGUCAAACAAGCUUUUGACUACGACAAGGAAGGUGAAUAUGUCAAGAUGUGGGUUCCCGAACUUCGGGAGCUUGAUAGAUUGGAGAAUGUGUUCCAGGCCUGCACAACACCAAAAGAGGAAUGGGAUCAAUGUGGUCUCAAGGGACUGGAAAUGGCCGAAAGUCCAUUGAAGAAGAUUGAUUUCUCUGUUGACGGGAAGCCUAAUAAGCAUUCGAAGCGCCCAUUUGAUCGAAGGCGCAAGGAUGGUCGGAUUCGCAGUAAUGCCAACAUGGCACAGGCGCAAGCUGCUGACCACGCCGAUUCUGAGAAUGGUUCGAACGGUACCGCCAACGACCAGAAUCAAUAUCAGCAUUACGAUCUUCCCCAACGCCCUCGCGGUGAUUACCGAGGCAGCCGCGGCGAUGCUCGUGGCGGACGUCGUGGGUAUCGAGGAGGCUAUCGUGGCCGCGGCUAUGCGAGUUCGAGAGGUGCCUACAGAGGUAACGGCCGUGGUCAAUUUCAAGCAUAUGGGUACGGUCCCAUGACCAACCAAUGGGCAGUCCCACCAGCUCAGCAACCCGGAUCCUAG